AUGUUAUCGGGUAGAACAACUAUUGGUAAUAGUAAUGACAACAAUAAUAAUAAUAACAAUAACAAUCAUAAACGACAAUGGUCUGAAGGCACUAUGGUAACAGAUAAAUCAAUGCGGCUUUAUAAAGAUGAUGAUCGUCAACUUAUUCAAAGCUUGGUUAAUGAAUAUCUCUUGGAAGGUUCGAAUGAUGUUCUUGAUCUUAUUCGAAAUUGUCCAAAUGAAUGUUUCGAGGCACUUGUCGAUUUUAUUUGGAAUGUAGCAUCUCAAACAAUGGAUAGUAAUGAAGAUGAUCUAUCAAUUUAUAAUCAACGUUCAUCUCUUCUUUCAUCAUCCUUAACAAAUGUUCAUCGAAAAGGAGCACGUCGUCGUUUAACAAUUAUUUUUAUUGAAAUAUUUAAAUUAUUAGCUACAUCACCUAUCAAUGGUGGUCGAUUUGAUAUUCAACGACAAAAUCGUAUUCUCUUAUUUCCUUCUUAUGCUGGUCAAUUAAUGCAUUUUGAACCUGAUAUAUAUGGCUUAAGUUGUCUUACACUUGCUUCAAUUAUUCUUAUUAAUCCUAAUAUAAUUCAUCAUCGAAUAUCACUUUUAAUUGAUGCUCUUAAAUUUGCAGCCAAUCAUUUUGUUAAAGCAAAUCUUUCUUUUGAUACACCAUCAACAUUUGCUCUUUCUAUUUAUUCAUUAUUCUAUUUAUUGUAUUUAUUAUAUCCUAAUAAUCUUCGUCGUGAACUUCAACCAGAAUCUAUACAAUCGACUAAUAGCAAUGAAAAACCAACUAAUCGAUUGGGUAUUGAACGAGUUUUAUUGCCACUCUGUUAUUAUUUUAAACUUCAACCAAGCAUUGUUUGUGGUACAUCGGAUUCUGAAAAACAAGAGAAUCGUUGGCAAAAUGAAUCUUGGCAACAAUUAAUUGCAAAUGGUGAUCGUUAUGUUGUAUCUGAUGAUAUAUCUCCAUUAUUAUCAAAUGAUUUUAAGAAGCGUAAAGAAGACGAAAUAAAAAAAUCUACAGAUCCAAGACGAUUUGAAAUUGGUCAAAUUAUUCGUAUGUGCAAUGAAUAUACUGAAAGUGUUUUACAUCCGAGUGAAAUUAAUAGUCAGAUAGUAAAGAAUACAAUUGAAAAACAAUAUGGAAAAAAACAUUCAACAGAUUGCUAUUCCAAUUAUUCAGAUUCAUAUUGUCAAACAUAUGAACAACAAUGGCAAACAACAAUACAAAAUGGUCAAAUGAAUCUUUCACGUGUUCAAACAUCUGAUGAAAUAAAUCGACGUCAUAAUAAUAAUUAUACAAAUGGAACAUCAACAAAAAAAGAUGCAAAUUUAAAUAAUUCUAUUCAAACUGAUCAUAAUAUAUAUGCUAAAGUUGAAUUACAACUUGAUAUGUUAGAUUGUAAUUAUGAACAUGAUAAAAGAGAAUAUUAUGCUCAAUUAGUAAGAGAUUUUCAAAAGACAAUACCAAUUAAUGAAUUAGAUAAAGCAUUAAAAAAUCAAGAAAUGCGAUAUGAAGAAUUAAUAAAUACUCAAGAACAAAAACGUCCAAUAAUUCAUGAUCUUCGUAAACGUAUUAAUGAAUUUCAUCAGAUGAAUGAAGCAUUUUAUAACUCAUUAUCAGCUACACAAGUUGAAUUAAAAACAGAUGAAGAUGAUCAUUGGCAACAACGAUCUUUAUUUACUGAAAAACAAUCAAAAUUAAAAAAAGAUUUACAUGAAUUAGAACAAAUGAAAAUUUCAAUUGAAAAUGAAAUACGUGAACUUCAACGAAGUUCAUUUCAACCAAAACAAGAAGCUAAACAAUCUAUUGAAUUACGUGAUACAAUUGAUAAAUUAUUUGUUGAUUUAGUUUGUGCAAGAAAAAAACAUCAAUUAUUACAUAAUGCUUUAUUAAAUGUUAAAUUUAAAUCGAUUGAUGCAGAAAAAUUAUAUGCUAUGCAUCAAAAUGAAGAAGAACAUGAAAAUGAAGAUUUAUUAACAUUAGAUGAAAAGAAAAAGAAAUUUGAUGAAUAUAAACAAAUACUUGACAAACAACAAAUUGAUUUGACAACAAAACGCAAUAAUUUUAAUCAAAUGCGAGGUAUGAAUACACAUAAAAUAAAUGUUAUACGUCGACAAAUUGAUUCAACACGUAUAUGUCAAACACAAUUGAAUACAAUGAAUAUUAACAGUCAGAUUUUUCCUAAAUAG